UCAGUGUGUAUUUGUACUCGAUAUUUGCCGUGAAACAAGAAACUUUCCUGGACGACUUCAACGAACCCGUCAAGGUAGUACAGCAGUAACAUGGCUGCGGCGAAGAGCGCUAUGCAGAUAAGAUUACCUCCUCUACCAAGUAUUAAAGAUGUUAUUCGACUCUAUAAACUUCGUGCUCUCAGGGAGCUAUCGCAAAAUUUCUUAAUGGAACCUCGUUUAAUUGAUAAAAUAGUGAACGCUGCUGGUAAAAUAGAAAAUCAUGUAGUCUGCGAAGUCGGCCCAGGCCCGGGGGGAAUAACUAGGUCUAUUAUCCAAAGAGCUCCCAGAAAAAUUGUCUUGAUAGAAAAAGAUCCUCGAUUUAUACCAUCUCUAGAGCUAUUAGCGGAUGCAUGUAAGAAUAAAGUGGAUGUGGAUAUUAUAACAGGAGAUAUUUUAAAGACUGACAUUGGUCACUAUAUUCCAAAGGAUGUGAAAACAGAGUGGGAAGAUUCUCCUCCACCUCUCAAUUUGAUUGGUAACUUGCCAUUUAGUGUGUCCACAAUACUGAUGAUUCGUUGGCUGGAGCUCAUAUCUAAGCAGGAGGGUCCUUGGGCAUUUGGGCGUGCAAGGAUGACUCUAACAUUUCAGAAGGAAGUAGCUGAGAGGAUGGCAGCAAGGAUCCUGAGCAGUCAGAGAUGUAGAUUGUCUGUUAUGUGCCAGAACUGGUGCACUGUCAAAUACAAGUUUGAUAUCUCUGGUGCUGCAUUUCUGCCCAAACCUGAUGUUGAUGUUGGAGUAGUCACCUUGACACCACUGAAGCAUCCAAUCAUCAAACAGCCUUUCAAAAUGGUUGAGAAAGUUGUCCGACAAAUAUUUUCUAUGAGACAAAAGUAUUCCAUCCGGGGAGCCGAAACAUUGUUCCCCGAACAUGUUAGAGAGGAAAUGGCACUGAAACUUUAUGAAAUGGCUGAUAUGGAUCCUGUGACAAGACCUUACCAGAUUGCUAAUAUGGAAUUUGCCAGAAUUUGUGAAGCCUACAGUGAAAUAAUAAAACAGUAUCCGGAAUUUGAGCAUUAUGAUUAUAGAGCACCUAAAAAGAAGUUGGAGGCUGCAGAAGUAGAGGACGGGGAUUUAAGUUAUACUUAGUUGGGUUAGAUGUAUAUAUGUUAUGUUUAAAUAAAUAAUUACAGAGCAAAA